CUAAAGAUUAAGUUUAUUCUCCAGCUGGUAAGUGAACCUUCAUUCCAAUUGAUUGGAAGUUAAUCAUUAGUAAGAAUCUACUAAAUUGUUUCCACUCAAAUCCAUCAGUUCUUUUGUUUUUGUUCUUCGACUUGAGUUUUUAAAGUGAUUCCACUUAGUCGCUUUAUCUAAAAUCCGUUGUGUUUUGUAGUCGCUAAAACACCAGAUCUAUGGCUGAAUUUAGGCCAGAAGAUGAUGAACUCAUCUCCGAACGCUACUCUAUUGGUAGUGGUGUUAAAUCUCAAGAGUAUCGAGUCUCUGGAGCAACAAAAAUGACGAUUGGAACCAAGAGCCGUAAAGUUACAUCAAAAAAUGAAAAAAUUCGUAAAUUGGAUGAAGCUAUUUGCGAGCUUGAGGAAAUUUAUGCAAGUCUAAACCUCGACGAUGAAGAUCUUUUCGACAGAGCUGAGAGACGCGAUAUGCCCUCUAAGUUCCAAUUGAUGCGUGAAAAUUCAGUGAUUUCAGAUUCUGAUCUUGAAGUUGGUGAAACUGUACCUGGGAGGCGAAUGGAAUCACCUCAGUUCCCCUCAGCAUCUACGAAGAACUCAAUCUAUCCCUUGGAAACCGGUUGGUCUCACCCUUAUUGCGACGAGUUUUUCCAAAGUCGUCAUCGAAACCUUGGCUCUGUUGAAUCUCUUUUAUCAUCAGCCGAUCCUCCACAUCGGUGCAAGGCUCCUGCUCGACGUCGAUCUGCUAUACCGGAUCCAAUCAACGAUGAUCUCGCUGCCCGUAAAAUGGUCAGAAAUCGAAACGAGAAAUCGAGCGGAAGUAAAAAGAUUCAAAGUUAUUUACUUCUUUCGCCAAUCUACAGUCCAACAACCAGGACCGAUAUAAGCACUGAAAUGAUUUCACCUGAAAAUUAUCUUUCAACAGAACCAAAGCCUGACAUCGAAAAGGAUGACCUUUCCUAUCGGCGUUUCAUUCAAUCAGAUGCUGCUGCUGUGAGUCCACCUCAUCCGCCUUUUGGAAUACCGAUCGGGCCCACUGAUUUAACUACAAUCAACAAUUAUGUCCAUGCGACUUUGAGUGAAAAAGACAAAAACUUUUUCUACUACAGAGUGAAGCCUUAUUAUCCUCACCUCAUUAAAGAUGAUAUGGCAUUUAGAAGUUUUCGUAAGGAUCUUGUCAAAUCUCCAGACGAAUUAAGAAAAUCUUGGAUCAAUGGGAUCAAACUCUUCCCGGUGACAACACAACAUCUAAUCAAUCAACGGAACGAAUCUCAAAGUAGAUCGUCGUCUACAGAUUCGAUCGGAAGCAAUCAAGACCAUUUGGACCAAUACUAUCAACUGCAUCAUCAACAUCCAACUCGAAGUUUCCAUUCAUCAGGUUUCCAAAGUCAAUCAUCGCUCGUUUAAAUUGUUUAUUCAAACAAACUAAUCAAUUGAUUUUCCAUUAAUAUAGCCAACGCGACGAAUUGGUGUACCAAUAAUCGUCCAACAAUUGACCUGUAACUUGCGUCUUUUAAGUCGACUAAGGUCUAGUCAAAGUUCACACACAAAUGAAGAGAUUUCUCCUCGUUAAUCUUUCUCAUUGAAAUUUCUAACAAUUGAAUUUAUUUUAAUAAUGUUAUUGAUCACAUUAAUUGUGAAUCAAAUUGUUUUAUUUUGUUUCAUUGUUUACACUUACGCGGUUUCAUUUUCAUCAUUAUUUCAAAUACAAUGUAAUAGUCGAGUUACCUUGACUCUCUCCAUGAUCAUUAUCAUAUUACAAAAACGAUUCACCCAAUCAUCAUCAUGACAUUGAAACUAACAAUCAAUUCCAAUUGAGUUGGAAUCAUUGGAAUUCAAUAAAAGGGAUGAAUUGAUUACAAUCAUAAAAAUUACAA